GGCCGGCUCUGGCGACUCCAACGCUGCCCUUUGGCCUGACAGGACGAGUAUUUCCCCACAUGGAGACGCUGAGCGCCGUGAGGGCGAAAGUCGGGGCCAGAAGCCCCGGGGGUUGCGAGGCGGCAGGAACCGGCGAGCCCCAACCCGCUCCUUCUUCGAGCCCUGCUGGCCGAGGUUCUCCCGCACCGCCGGAUUCGCCGGCUUAUAGACUCGAGGAUCUGGAGACCCUGGCCACUGUGGGGACAGGUACAUUUGGGCGGGUUCAUCUGGUGAAAGAGAAAUCGGCCAAGUGCUACUUCGCGUUGAAAGUAAUGAGCAUUCCAGAUGUCAUUCGACUAAAACAAGAACAGCAUGUGCACAAUGAGAAAUCGGUUUUGAAAGAAGUGAAUCAUCCAUUUCUGAUCAGAUUAUUUUGGACUUACCAUGAUGAACGCUUUCUAUAUAUGUUGAUGGAAUAUGUACCUGGCGGUGAACUUUUUAGUUAUCUGCGCAACAUGGGACGCUUUAAUAAUAGCACUGGAUUAUUUUACUCUGCAGAGAUUAUUUGUGCAAUAGAAUAUCUCCAUUCGAAAGAAAUUGUUUACAGAGACUUGAAGCCUGAAAAUAUUUUAUUAGACAAAGAGGGACAUAUCAAGCUCACGGACUUUGGAUUUGCUAAAAAGCUUGUUGAUAGGACAUGGACGCUGUGUGGAACCCCAGAGUACCUUGCCCCAGAAGUCAUACAGAGUAAAGGUCAUGGAAGAGCAGUAGACUGGUGGGCCCUGGGCAUUCUGAUAUUUGAGAUGUUGUCUGGGUUUCCUCCAUUCUUUGAUGACAACCCAUUUGGAAUAUAUCAGAAGAUUCUUGCUGGUAAAAUAGAUUUUCCCAGACAUUUGGAUUUAUAUGUAAAGGACCUUAUUAAAAAGCUUCUUGUGGUUGACAGAACAAGACGGCUAGGGAACAUGAAGAAUGGAGCUGAUGAUGUGAAGAGGCACCGAUGGUUCAGGUCCAUAGACUGGGAUGCUGUACCACAGAGAAAAUUAAAGCCUCCUAUAGUGCCGAAGGUAUCAAAUGAUGGUGAUACAUCUAAUUUUGAAGCUUAUCCUGAAGAUGACUGGAACAAAACACCUCCUGUACCGCCUAAAGAUUUAGAAAUUUUCAAAAACUUUUAAGUCUUGGUAUUGGAUAUUACUAAGAAACUGGAAGAAGAUUGUGAAAGCUGGGAACUGGAAAAGAAGAUCUGAAAAUCUUACUGAAGAAUUACUUUGAAAUGAAUGAAAGAAUAUUACUGUGUUAUGCAUAGGCUUUAAAGAAAUAUGUCAAAAGUUGGGGAAGGGACAAUACAUGUGUUUAGUUGUACAGAUUUGGCAUUAAUUCAGUAAACUAAAAUACAGAAUUGCCUACACUGAGGUGUAGACAUUCGAAAUUGUUAUGGGUUUUUUUUUAAUUAAAAGUUAUUUUUAGUUUUGUUUCUUGCUAUGCCCAAAUAUCUUUUGCAUAGUUAUCUCAUAGACUAACUUUAUAAGUUUAUACUAAGAUUGUCAUUUAAAGCACAAAUUAGUAUAUAUGUAUAUAAUGAAAUCGAUACAGUUAAAGCACAGAAACUGUGCAGAAUUGUAAAUUUUGUACUUUACAGAGUCUAUGGUUUUUAUUCUUAAGUGUUUUUCAAGAUGCUCUCUAGAAGUAAAAAUAUCUUGAAAUGAUAAAUAGGUUUUUCAGCAUCUUCUAUACAUUUUAUAAUUCUUUGUAAAAAGAAGUAUACACAUAAUUUUUGAGAAAAUGUUAACAUUUCCAGUGCGUUACACCUUCAGCCAUACUACUUGAAACUGAAAGAUAAAAGGCCUUGUUAUGUCUUACUUUUUUUCCUUUAGA